AUGAGCCGUGUUGUUUGGAACUCGUACACAAAAGAAGCAUUUGACAAAAACUGGAUCGAUUUCCUUAGAAAAUACGGCCUCAGAGGCCACAAGUGGCUUUCAGAGUUGUACGAGGAUCGGCAUAUAUGGAUUCCAGUUUACUUGGAUUACCACUUUUGGGUCGGGAUGAGAAGCACACAAAGGAGCGGGAGCAUGCAUUCAUUUUUCAACAAGUUCAUCACACGGAAUAGCUCAUUGAGACAAUUCGUGAAACAAUACGACAAUUGCCUAGCAAGCAGAGAGCAAGCAGACAGAGAAUUUGAUGCUGCAGAUUUUCAUACUGUGAUACCGUGCGCAACAAAAUCAAUAAUAGAGGCACAUUUUCAGCAUGUAUAUACCCAUGAGAAGUUCAGGGAACUUCAAGCUCAAUUCAGAGGUAAAGUGAACUGUAUCACAAGAUCAAUGCAUUUCACCCUAGGUUUCACAAUAUAUGAAGUCAUAGAGUAG